AUGGCUUCCAUCAUGUCCUCGAAGCUGGCUUUCCGUGCCUUUAAAGCUGCACCCAAGGCUGCCCCUUGGGCCAGUCUCAAUGCCCAGCUGCCGCGGGCCCCUGCCUUCCGCCGCUUUUACGCGGCGUCCACCCAGGAACAGCCACGCCUGCGUCUGGGCUCGACCGCCCCCAACUUCAAGGCUUUGACCACCAAGGGCGAGAUCGACUUCCACCAGUUUAUCGGCGAUAGCUGGACCAUCCUUUUCUCCCACCCGGCCGAUUUCACUCCAGUUUGCACUACCGAGCUUGGUGCCUUUGCGAAGAUGAAGGGCGAGUUUGAGAAGCGUGGUGUGAAGAUGAUUGGCCUGAGCGCCAAUGACAUUGGUUCGCACGGUGAAUGGAUCAAAGACAUCAACGAAGUCUCCUCGACGGAUGUGCAGUUCCCCAUUAUCGCCGACGCCGACCGCAAGGUCGCCUUCCUGUAUGACAUGAUCGACCAGCAGGACCUGGACAACAUCGACCAGAAGGGCAUUGCCUUCACCAUUCGCUCCGUCUUCAUCAUCGACCCGAGCAAGAAGAUCCGGCUGACCAUGAUGUACCCCGCCUCGACCGGUCGCAACUCUGCCGAGGUGCUGCGUGUCAUUGAUUCCCUUCAGACCGGUGACAAGAAGGGUGUCACCACCCCGAUCGACUGGCAGGUCGGUGACGAUGUGAUCGUUCCCCCCUCGGUCAGCACCCCGGAUGCGAAGAAGAAGUUUGGCGAGGUCCGCGAGGUCAAGCCCUACCUGCGGUACACUAAGAUCUAA